CGGCGGCGGCGCAGGCGGGGAAGACGCGCAGCGGCCAUUCCGUGCGCCGGCCCCGGGCGUCCGCGGGCGGAGCCAGCCCCCAUUUCGAGCGGGGUUUUCUCUCCUGACAAAAUGGGGGCGGCGGCUCGGGCCUUGUGGGCGCACGUGGCGGCCGGGGACCUGCGGGGGGGCUCCCGCCGGGCGCCUCGCCCGCCCGCCCUCGGGGCUGGGAUCUCGCUCGCCUCGGCCUUCGGUCUCGGGCGUUCCCCGGCGCGGGUGGCACCCCAACUUUUUUUUAAACGAGUCCCGAAACGGCCCGGGGUGGGGAGGAAGGAGAGGCGACCCCAGUGGCUUUUGUCCCUCAUCCUUGUUUACUGGGAGAAACUUCAGACCGGACUUGUGCGGAGAACAAACCCAGCACCGGGGCCCGGGCGAGUGGAGUCCCGGCCCGGCCCCGCCGCCGCCAGCCCGCGCCCUUCUCCUCCUCCCUGCGAACUUUGCUGCCACGAGGGGACUUUUUUUUUUUGUUUAAGUAACCGGGAAAACUUUUCGACGCACGGUGGUUCUUUCUCACUUUCAUUUGGAAGACUCCGUUUAGGCGCUUCUCUAGUUACUGCAAAUACACAAAUUGGCAACCCGAGAUUUUUGGAUCUUUGAUCCUGUUGGUUAAAAAUGUCUUUGGAGAAAAACUAAACAUGGGCAAAGGAGAUCCUAAGAAGCCGAGAGGCAAAAUGUCAUCAUAUGCAUUCUUUGUGCAAACUUGCCGGGAGGAGCACAAGAAGAAGCACCCGGAUGCCUCCGUCAACUUCUCAGAGUUUUCUAAGAAGUGCUCAGAGAGGUGGAAGACCAUGUCUGCUAAAGAGAAAGGGAAAUUUGAAGACAUGGCCAAGGCGGACAAGGCUCGUUAUGAAAGAGAAAUGAAAACCUACAUCCCCCCUAAAGGGGAAACAAAAAAGAAGUUCAAGGAUCCCAACGCGCCCAAGAGGCCUCCUUCGGCCUUCUUCUUGUUCUGUUCUGAGUAUCGCCCUAAAAUCAAAGGGGAACACCCCGGCCUGUCUAUUGGUGAUGUUGCGAAAAAACUGGGAGAGAUGUGGAACAACACUGCUGCAGAUGACAAGCAGCCUUAUGAAAAGAAGGCUGCUAAGCUGAAGGAGAAAUAUGAAAAGGAUAUUGCUGCCUAUCGAGCUAAAGGAAAACCUGAUGCAGCCAAAAAGGGGGUUGUGAAGGCUGAAAAGAGCAAGAAAAAGAAGGAAGAGGAGGAAGAUGAGGAAGAUGAAGAAGAUGAGGAAGAAGAGGAAGACGAAGAGGAUGAGGAUGAAGAUGAAGAGGAUGAUGAUGAAUAAGUUGGUUCUAGCGCAGUUUUUUUCUUGUCUAUAAAGCAUUUAACCCCCCUGUACACAACUCACUCCUUUUAAAGAAAAAAAAUUGAAAUGUAAGGCUGUGUAAGAUUUGUUUUUAAACUGUACAGUGUCUUUUUUUGUAUAGUUAACACACUACCGAAUGUGUCUUUAGAUAGCCCUGUCCUGGUGGUAUUUUCAAUAGCCACUAACCUUGCCUGGUACAGUAUGGGGGUUGUAAAUUGGCAUGGAAAUUUAAAGCAGGUUCUUGUUGGUGCACAGCACAAAUUAGUUAUAUAUGGGGACGGUAGUUUUUUCAUCUUCAGUUGUCUGACGCAGCUUAUACGAAAUAAUUGUUGUUCUGUUAACUGAAUACCACUCUGUAAUUGCAAAAAAAAAAGUUGCAGCUGUUUUGUUGACAUUCUGAAUGCUUCUAAGUAAAUACAAUUUUUUUUAUUAGUA